AAUCGAUUCUACAGUUAAUUAGUUUUCGUUCUUUCAAAUUCCUUCAGUUUCCAGUCAUUUUCUUCUUUCCGCCUUUGUAUUUGCUCUUUAGUUUGAUCCAAAAUCAAAAAGUUUCCAAUCCAUGGAUUCUUCUUCGCCAUCGAAAGAUCUUCAAGGCGGGACAGCAAUGGCCGCCGAUCAAAGCCCUCUGCAAAAACACGUCGAAUUCUUUGAUAGGAACCAUGAUGGCCUUGUUUAUCCAUGGGAGACUUUUAAAGGUCUUCGAGCAAUUGGAGCUGGUUAUUUAUUGUCAAUAGCGGGUGCCGCCUUCAUCAACCUUUCUCUUAGCGGCAAAACUCGCCCAGGGAAAUUUCCAUCUCUUCUGUUUCCCAUAGAGAUUAAAAACAUGCAUUUGGGAAUACAUGGGAGUGACACUGGUGUGUACGAUAGUGAAGGAAGGUUCGUGCCCUCAAAAUUUGAAGAAAUCUUCAACAAAUAUGCAGGAACACAUGCUAAUGCCUUGACAUCUGAUGAACUAACGGCAAUGCUCAAAGCUAAUCGGGAACCCAAAGACGUCAAAGGCUGGAUUGGAAGCUUGGCAGAAUGGAAGAUAUUAUACGUUCUUUGCAAGGACGAGAAUGGACUGUUGAGGAAAGAAACAAUUAAAGGUGUUUACGAUGGAAGCCUGUUUGAGCAUCUGGAGAGGGAAAGAGCCGCUUCUUCCUAAAUCCAUUGUUUUUAUUAUCGUAUUAAAAAAAUAAAACAUUAUUUUCAUAAAUUUAGAAUUUUAAGCACUUUCUUAUUUAUUAAUAUUUUCGUGUGAUGUAAAAAGGAAGAAACCAAAUAUUUUAUCACUUAUUGGUUUAUUUAUUUUGUGAAUUUUAUGUAUUGCAA